AUGAGCUUUUGUGCUUUGAGAAGGAGGGCGUGGGGGCUAUUGCUGACUUCCCUUGUCUUAUUGUCUGCGGAAUCUCUGAUUACUGCGAUUUGCAUAAGAACGAUAAGUGGCAUGGGUAUGCGGCCGCUACGGCAGCUGCAUAUGCUCGGCAGCUAUUCUUUCACUUGCCGGUAG